UUCAAGCUUCUAGUCUUCUUAUAGAAAAGAGAUUAGAGAUAAGGUCGAAGAAUAAAGGCGGGCGAGGGUUUUCUAACGUAAAGAGGGCCGAAAAGGAGUCGAAAAUGAACGCCGGAGAUCUGCAGCUGCCGCCGGGAUUCCGCUUCCACCCGACCGACGAUGAGCUCGUGGUGCACUAUCUUUGCCGGAAGUGUGCUGGACUGCCGAUUGCUGUGCCGAUCAUCGCUGAUCUUGAUCUCUACAAGUUCGACCCAUGGCAGCUCCCAGGAAUGGCGCCAUACGGAGAAAAGGAAUGGUACUUCUUCUCCCCACGCGAACGUAAGUAUCCGAACGGGUCGAGGCCGAACAGGGCAGCCGGUUCAGGGUACUGGAAAGCGACCGGAGCGGAUAAGCCAAUCGGUACCCCCAAGCCGGUAGCGAUCAAGAAGGCGCUCGUGUUCUACGCCGGCAAGGCCCCUAAGGGAGAGAAGUCCAAUUGGAUAAUGCACGAGUACAGGCUCGCCGACGUCGACCGCUCCGCCCGCAGGAAAAAUAGCCUUCGGCUGGACGAUUGGGUUCUGUGCCGCAUAUACAACAAAAAGGGCGGCGCAAUAGCUAAGCAUGCGGCGUCGGACAGGAAGUCCUCGAUGGCGAGGAUUUUCCGGCAGCCGGCGACGCCGGAGACUCCAGAGCAGAAGCCAAAUAUCUUGCCCCAGACGUCGGCGCCACCGCCGCAGCAGUAUACGGACCUGUUAUACUUCGAUACGUCUGAAUCGCUUCCCAGGCUUCAUGCGGAUUCGAGCUGCUCGGAGCACGUGCUGUCCCCGGACUUCACGUGCGAGCGAGAGGUGCAAAGCCAGCCCAAGUGGGGGGAGAUAGAGAGAGCCCUCGGACUUGGAAUUAAUAACAUCGACGCCACUGCCGGCGCCGGCGCCGGCGCAGGCGGGUUUUCCAUGGACGACGGGAUGUUCUCGCCGUUGUUGCGGGGGAACUCGUUUCAGGAUCUGAUGAUGUAUCUACAGAAGCCAUUCUAGGAGCCCGCACGUGAGAAGUGGGUUUAGACAAGUGAGCCGCGGUUUAGGCCGCGGUCCGGUCCGGUUCGGGGUUUACUCAGUCGAGCCACCGUGGGUUGGAUGGUGGGGUUCGUGUGGUGGCGAUGAGACCGAGUGGAUCCGGCUUAAGGUCUACGCGGAGUUGGGGUUGGUCUGGUUUAAGCUUUAUGUUUAUAUAUUGCCUAAAUUUUGUGUAGCUAAAGGUUUAAGUUAGAAAUCAUAUUACUAGAUUUUGUCUGAAAUGAAUUGAAAUUAAGUUCUAUAAUAAAUUUUGGCUGAUGGAAAUUUACAAAAGCUGUAA